AUGCGAACCGAAACUACAAAGAAAUCCGACUGGAUAGUUAGAAGAUAUUAUUGCUUGGGAGUUAUCAAAUGCUCCGAGGAUGGAUGUGCUUUGGCUGCCUCCCCACCCACAGGCCCAAAUAAGAUUGCGGAAUCACUCACCUCUUGUCCUAUAUCAACUUGCGAUGGCCUUCGAACACAUAUCAAGUGUGAUGCCGUUUGUCGAUUUGAUGCGGAGCUAGAUAAAAAUGGCAAAGAAGGGUGGGGUUUGCUUCGACAUCAAGGUACUCAUCAACAUGAGUGGGCUGAGUCAAAGAAAGCGGAUCCAAUCUCAAAGGAAAAACUUAAGGAAAAGGUGCUCAAUGACCCUAAAACCGGACCUUUAGGUAUGAAGGUUGGACAGGCGCACACGAGAAAGGACCCCAUUGAAUCAGUAACAGAUAUUCACACGUCUUUUGGCCAUGCCGACCGCCUAGGAAUAUACUUGCGACGGGUCUUCCUAAGACAGGCGGGCAUUAUGACCAACUCACAAGACCCCGAAUCCGGUGACAAGUGGCUUCAGUCCAUGAUGGACUGGUCCAAGAAAGGCCUGCGUGUGGUUUCUUCGUCUAUUGCCGGGGAAGACGCUCACAUCUCAUUCCAAACUGGUUGGAUGGCGGAGGUGUUGGUUGAACCUGACGAGAGAUCAACUACUUAUACUGGUGGCUUACUCUCGGACGUAACUUACCGGUUUUUCAAAAUGGGAUACUUAUUAACAACUUCGAAGUACUGCGAAACAAUCAAACGCUGGGUACCAGUCCUUUUCUCGUGGCUCGGUGGUCUCCAGGCAGAACAUUACAAAAUACAUUUCAAGAACUUGCUACAACAGAUUCAAAAAACGAAAAUGACCGACAAGGAGAAGGGAAUGAUGGUAGAACAAGUCGUGGAUUUAUCACUAGCUCAGAAAGUCGGUUUCCAAGAUGCUUACAUGGAGGUAUUCAAAUGUAAUGAUAAGAAUGUGGCGUUGGCGAAAUUGCAUGGCUGCGAAUGGCAUUACCUCCAAGCUGUUGCGCGUCUUAAGAAGAAUAGUAAGAUUGUCAAGCCACAACAAAAGCUGACCAUAUCAUCCAACAGGGCACUUGGGAGAAGAAAUGAGUUACGGCGGCUUUUCCCAUUAGCCAAGAGGUGGCUAGAGUGGUGGAGUUGCUCCGACAUUCAAGCUAUGCUAUUUCCCGCAAGAAAGCGGUUGCCACUCGACAAUCCUCCCUUACCAGAGGAAGACAGUGAUGCUGACGAAGACGUCGAUGACGAAGAAAUCAUUCGAAGACACCCGGAGUUGCCUGCGACCACGAAUGGACAGGAAUCUAUGCAUCGUGUCUAUUAUCUCUUGUGCAAAGGCAAAUGUCCAGUCAUACCUGGCAUUAUCCAACUUAUAGCCUUUGCACAGUGUAUGGAAAAGGAUUACCAGCAGGUAAAAAAGGGUAUUUCCAUUACCUACGGUGGUCAAUCCGAAAAAACUUGGCAAGAUCUUGUGAAGGCGAUAGGAAUGGCACCCCCAACCAAACGAAAGUUUACCCGAAACGAUGGCCGCGCUCCUGACACCACAGAAGAACUUCUGGGAACUCAAAAAAGCACCAAACCACCCAAACUUGGUCGACCUGUUGGAUCCCAGAAUAUCAACCACAAUCCUCUCACGACUUACCAGUCUUAUUCUGCUGGAACUAAUGAAGGGACCCAAAACAGGUGUUGGAAAACAGCUACUCUAGAAACACUUUACGCCUUGUUCAGCCCAACUUGGAGUCAAUUCUUGACGGUAAACAGCACAAACUUGGUCAACGAACUCAUCCGCCAUUUCACCGCAAGAUGUAAAGUGGAAUUCAAUGGCGAUAACUUUGGCCAUAGCAUGUCUCGAUGGCAAACUAUUCUACACAAAGCUAUUCAAAAAUUAUCGGAAUCCUACACAACUGGCCAGUUUGCAUCCGCCAACGGAUUUAUGGAGUUUUUACUUGCCAAUGUGGAAGACAACAAAUCAUCUCUUUGA